UCCAGUCAUCUCUAAGAAGGACGCGCGUGCGCACGAGAGUCUUUAACUCGGAAGUAGCGAGCGUACAAUGAAGUCUUGUGGUUUGCCGUGGUCGUUGGAACUUAAUUUUGUAUUUCAACACUUGCGUGGAACUGGAGGAGAAAUCCAAAUGCCGUAGCUUGGCGAUACGAGUGACUCGCAUUGAUGCUAGUUAGUGCAUGGAGGACUGAUACAGACAGUUCGUUCUGACUGCAGAUUGUUAUGUCAGUGACAUGAGUCAGUGCGCACAUACUCGUGCCAUCUUCACCAAACUAAACUUGUGUAAAGGAUGUAUAUUUGUGCUUCUAAUAGUUCUGACAGCAUCACGUAGCGUGUUGUCAUUUUGUCCUGUUGGGGAAUCACGAUGUCCUAACGGAAGAUGUAUCCCAGAAGCGCGUAUUCAAAAUGGCGUUGAUGACUGCGGCGAUGGAAAAUAUGAUGAACGGGGACCAUUCUGUAACUUAGACACGGAGUUACAAUGUGCCAAUGGACGCUGUUUGCCUCGCGACAAGUUCAAUAACUCCGUCAAUGACUGCGGAGACAACUCUGACGAAGUUAGUGAGCCUUGCCUUGUCGGCACAUUCACGUGCAACACGGACAACACGUGCAUCAACAUCACACAGGUCCUUAAUGACGUCAUGGAUUGUGCUGACGGAAGUGACGAAGCCAAACGUAUCGGGAUGUCGUGUCGACCCAACCCUCCCUGCUGUGACUGCGACCAGUAUGUUCGUUUCUCUGAGUGCCGCAAGGGAUCGUGCCAGUGUUUCUCCGGGUACUUCCCCAACAGUCUUGGAACACGGUGCACUAGACGUAAGUUUGGAGACCGCUGUACAUUAAACAGAGAAUGUUGGGACGCCUAUCCCAGAGGCGUGUGCUCCAGGAACGGAACAUGUGCCUGUGAAUCAGGCUACUAUAGGCACGAUAACCUUACUGGCUGUACAUUAAGAAAGAUAGGUGACACAACUUGCGCAAUCGACAGUGACUGUGAGGAUGCAGUGCCCAACAGCGAAUGCACCCAGACUAUAUGCACCUGCAGUGUCGGCUUCAACCCCACCGACGACGGAACACAGUGCGUCAAAAGAAAGAUUGGUGACGCUACCUGUGGCAGUGAUGAAGAUUGCUCGGCUGCUGUUGCCAACAGCAUCUGCUCCAAGGGCGCGUGCGUGUGUAUCAGCGGUUAUCGUGUGACGUCAGACAACAAGCACUGUAUACUUAGAAAAAUCGCGGACAAAUGCAGCGUUCAUAGCGACUGUACCGAUGCCGUGGCACACAGCAACUGCACCAAAGGCGCCUGCACUUGCAACUCCGGAUACUAUGGCAACCCUAGAAGCACGGAGUGCACAGUCCGUAAGAUCGGAGAUCGUUGUAGCAUUAACUCAGACUGCACAGAUGCAGUUGGAAACAGCACUUGCAGCAGCAAAAUGUGCACGUGCAAGCCUGGAUUUAGGGUAGGCGAUGACGACAAUGAGUGCAUCAUGAAUAAAAUCGACGAUUUCUGUUUCUUUGAUAUGCACUGCAGUGAUGCUAUUCCAAAUAGCUAUUGCAAGGACUCAAAAUGCGCGUGUGAAGUGGGAUACAGGGUUGUUAAAGAAAACACGAAAUGCCUAAAACGUAAAAUUGGGGACCCAACCUGUAAAGUCCAUGACGACUGCAGGUCUGUCAUAGCUGACUCGGAGUGCCGAGGAUCAAUGUGCGUCUGUCGGUCUGGUUUCCUCGCAAGUCCUGAGUUGGAUUCCUGUGACCUCCGAGGUAUUGGUGAUGCCUGUGCCGUCCAUGCCGAUUGUUUUGACGCUGUGGAGCACAGCAACUGCACCGACGAGGCGUGUGUGUGUGACAUGGGGUAUUAUUCGAGUGACAAUAGUAAUGAGUGCAUUAUUCGGACUAUAGGAAGUAAAUGCGAAGUAGACAGUGAUUGUCGUGCAGUUUCCAUGGGUAAAUGUGUUAGUAAGAUUUGCGAAUGUGCGUCAGGGUACCACUCUAUAAACUCGGGUACCGAAUGCGAACAGCGCAGAAUAGGUGAUGCAACAUGCACGACAAACCGAGACUGCUUCGACGCUGUCCUUGACAGCAACUGCACCAACGGGGCGUGCACCUGCAAUUCUGGGUUUUACCAAAGCUCUGAUAAAUCUAAAUGCAUCCUUCGCAAAAUAAAUGAUUUUUGUUUUAUGGCUACGCCCACUGACUGCUCUGACGCCGUGACAAAUAGUGACUGUCUCAACUUCGUGUGUAAAUGCGUUUCCGGAUUUUACCCUUCUAGGGAUUUCAGCAAGUGCAUUAAACGGAAGAUAUACGACAACACCUGUUUCAGCGACACGGACUGUCACGAUGCUGUUCGGAACAGCAAUUGUACCAAAGGCACGUGCUUGUGUGAUUCGGGGUUCAAGGUCACCGUGUACAACUCCUCUUGUAUACGACGUCAAGUAAAUGAUGAGUGCGCUCUUGAUACAGACUGUAGAGAUGCAAUUGAUAGCAGCACCUGUGACAACAACAGAUGCUCCUGUGUACCAGGGUAUAGGGCGUCCAACGACAGAAACACAUGCAUAAAACGAAAGAUUGGUGAUGCGUCUUGCAACGUCGACAGUGACUGUUUCAACGCCGUUCCAAACAGUAAUUGCACAAAUGGUGUCUGCUACUGUGACUCUGGCUACAGAAGUGAAGACGCGCAAGACCUUUGCACAAAGCGGGUCAUUCAUGACGCCUGUGACAUUGACACUGAUUGUUCUGACGCCGUGUUGCAUAGCAACUGUGAGGGCGGCGUGUGUCAGUGUAACGGUGGGUUCUACGUCACCGGAAACAUGACAUCCUGUAUCCAGCGUAAAAUAGGUGACAGUAACUGUAAAUCAGACCCUGACUGUUCUGACGCAGUCCCCGACUCUAUGUGCUUGAAUAACACCUGUACGUGUGUGUCCGGGUCUCACCAUACUGAUGACUUCAAGAUAUGCGUGCUCAGAGUGGUUGGAGAUGCCACGUGUAAGGUUGACGCCGAUUGCAGCGACGCCGUUGCCAAUAGCAACUGUACAUCUGGCACGUGCUACUGUAAUUCUGGCUUCUACGAUGAAAAUUAUAGAACAGAGUGUGUUAAAAGGAAAAUAGGCGACGCUACGUGCUUCCGUGAUUCCGACUGUUCUGAUGCAGUUGCCAAUAGCAAUUGUACCUCUCGCAUGUGUCUGUGUAAUUCUGGUUACCAUGCCAACACCAAAAAAACAACAUGCAGCAUGCGAAAGAUCUAUGACACCACAUGUCUCAUUGACUCCGACUGCAAUGACGCUGUCCCAAAAAGCCACUGUGUUGGCGGGGUGUGUUUGUGUUUACUUGGCCACAGUGUGAACAAGAAGAGGACGGUUUGCACCGAACGCCGAAUUUACGAUAGAACUUGUGAAAAAAAUAUUGACUGCAACGCAGCGGUGACUAACAGUAACUGUACAGAUGGCACGUGCUACUGUAAUUCCGGUUACUAUAGCAACAAAUUCAAUGAUACCUGUACAAAACGCAAAAUUGGAGACUCUUGCUCAUUGGACACUGACUGUAAUUCUGUCGUUGCCAUGAGCGCAUGCGCGAAAGCUAGAUGCACGUGCUUAUCGGGAUACCAAGUAGAUGAUACGAAGACUACGUGCACGAAGAGGAAGAUAUUUGAUUCUACGUGUACGGUUGACGCUGACUGCUAUGAUGCCGUUUCCCAUAGCAACUGCUCCCGUGGAAUAUGCAAAUGUGAUUCGGGUUAUCAUGUUUCCACCAACAAGACUAUGUGUAUUCUAAGAAUGAUUGGUGAUGCUUCCUGUGUGAUAAACUCUGACUGCAAUGCCGCCGUCCCGCACAGCUGGUGUAGCGAGGGAACAUGCACGUGCGACUCCGGAUAUGACGUCACACACUUAAAAACUGCGUGUGUCAAGCGUCCUUCGUAUUUGAGUGAGAGGUGCUAUUUCUUCGCCCAGUGUCGGCAUAUUCACCCCAAAAGCUAUUGUGAUGCUAACGAUGCCUGUGUUUGUCCACACGAACACUUUGUUCUUUUUGACAACAUCACGUGUCAGCCAUAUCCUGUGCAGCUGAACGACUACUGCAAUAGGCCUUCCCAGUGCAUCACCGCCAUCAGCAACAGCUACUGCAGCAGCAACUACACCUGUGUCUGCAACGAUGGGUACUUCCCAGAUACAGACAGUAACGCCUGUCAAAAAUACCCCGUGUUGUUGGGGGACAGAUGCCUGGAUGAUUGGCACUGCAGCAGAACAUUGAACCAUUCGGAGUGCUCAUCAAUCCAGAACUGCUCCUGUGUGUAUGGCUACACACCGGUCGAAAACAACACCCGUUGUGUUGAACGUCCGCACAUUCCUCCUUUUCACAUUCCAACAACGUCUCCCCCGAGGCUGUGUGACCCGAGCGACCAAUGGAAAUGCAACAGCGACAACAACAGCAUGUGUAGUUUGCCUUUGGGUCCUGUUCCGGUGACGAGCGGCAUCUGUCGGUGUAUGGCAGGAUUUGCCUCCCCUUACAAAGAUGAACCUUGCCAAGCAACCCAGUCCUAUCACGUCUCAUUAAACAUUACCAUGGAGGCUGGCACAUAUGAUUACCUGCCCAUCACAUUCCACCCUAGUCUUGCCAACAGAAGCUCUGAUCGCUACAACGAGAUGAGGUCAAGGAUAACCUUGGCAGGGCUUGACAACAUAUUUCUCAACGCCUCCCUACCCUCCAAGUACCUGCGCAGUUCGCUGCUUAAUAUCACCGAUCUCCAUCCGGGUCUUAAUGUAUCCGCGGUUGUACAGGUGACAGCCCGGAAGUACAACCCAAUGCAGCCACAGCUUAUCGAAGAUUGGUUGGUUCUAUUGAUAGAAAGGUCUAAUGGCGAAUUGGGACAAAGUCGGUUAAAAGUUGGCACACCUUAUUUUAGCCAUGUUAAAGUCAAAGACCUGGAUGAGUGUAGGCACAGCGACUACAACGACUGCCACUCCGGCUCCUGGUGCAUCAACACCCUCGGGGGCUUCCUGUGCGUCUGUAGGUCAAUCUACGAUGACGACUCCAGGAGACUGGGACUCAGGAUGGGCCGAAAGUGUAUAGAACCAACGACGGCGGAACUGCAUCAAGAAUCCUGCGGAAGUGAUAACUGUAAGACCAACUGGGAAUUUGUUGGUCUCACCUUGGCUGCCUUCUUCCUCGUGUUGCUCUUCCUGAUUGUGUAUGAAAUAAUUACACGGAAAAGACAAAUGACAGCCAGGGAAGCAUACAUGAGAUUUGGAAGAGCAACUCGGCAGAAGAUUUUCCAACUGAGACGAAUGUCACGUGAUCUGGGUAUCCGGGUCAAACAAAAUGUUCGCCGGAAGUCGUCUGCGAUGAGUACGAUAGCAGAAGGUCAGGGUUUGCACAUAGCCUCUGACCUUUAUGGCGUAGGAGUAGUGGCGGCUGCAGAAGAUGACUACUAUAGAGAUGAUAGUGAGGAUGUCUGAAGCCUCAUCACCCACGACUAACAAGCUCAGGUACAACUCUCAUCAGCCCUCAACAGCUCUCAAUAUGCUUACGAGCAUUUACCAACAGGACCUGGGAUCAACACGGAUCACCAAUGACUACACACGUGUACCUCAACCAUCACCACCAAGCAGUUGUGUAGGGAUAUCUGAUUUGGUAUCAGAAAGCCGAAUUUCAUGUUGGCUAUGAAUCAAUGACCCGUUGGCUAUGCCUUUCUCAGACUGCAGCUUUUGACUUUUACAGUUAUGCUUGCUCAUUGGUGUAUGAUUCAGUCCCAUGAGGAUCGAGUCGUGACCUAGACUUGGUGCAGUCUCCAGAACAGUUUACGAGUCCUUUAAGAAGCGGGCCUUGGUUAUAGUGAAUAGCAAUGAUAUGAUAGCUGUACAGCUGGACUACAGUCCUCCAAUGCUGUAGGUACAGAGACAGGUCACCUUUAAGGACUCCGUGUUCGCUUCAUCAGCUGCAUUUAAUUUAAAUAUCGCAUAACCCACUGUUAACAGUGUCCGCUUGAUGAAUCUCGUUGAGUCAUACCUGAAUCUACAUGAACUGAGAAAAAGUGUGCUAUACAUGUACAUGUAUAGAUAGAUACCUCCAGGAGAGUGUCUGGCAACAACCAGUAUUGUAAUGUAGUGAAAUCACGAUUAGCCACUUCGUAUAAGGACCGUGACAUGUUGGCGAUGGGAACUGUCGCGGAACAGCCUUAGUGCUAAUCCCGUAACUCAACUGAGGUUAUACUUGUAUGUUUACCUGUUGUGUAAUAACGUGAUGCCUUGUGGCUGCUUUGUGUACUUAUUUACCCAAUGGGGUGUAUGGUUGUCCAUGUAACGGUUGUCCUGUUAUUAUUUAUUUAUUUAUUUAUUUAUUUUACCUAUUAUUAUUAUUAUUAUUAUUAUUAUUAUUAUUAUUAUUAUUAUAUUAGUAUUAUUAUUAUCAUUAUUAAUAUUAUUAUUUUAUAUUAUUAUUAUUAUUAUUAUUAUUAUUAUUAUUAUUAUUAUUAUUAUUGCCCGUGCAGCUCAGAUUUUAAGGCCAUAUCGUAACGACGUUUUAGUGCAUUUGUAUAUCUAUACCCUACCGACAUUUCAGAAAGAAGGUAUAAUUCAGUGGAACGGCCAGCCCAUGUACAACUAUAUCAUUUAUAUACAAUGUCAAGGAGACAGAGUGUAACGGGUGACACGCACAGUGUAGUUUCAGAUUGUACACCAGUAACAAUGCAUUCAUUUCAGCUAAAGCCGAAAAGUUUCAUAUAAGAAUUUGUCAGGAAAUGGGAUUAUCUUUGCAAAUCAAUUUGAUUCUUAACAUCCAAUUAAGAUCACUGUAGCAUUACCAGUUUGCUAUAAACGCUAUUAAGGAGAAAACACUCAAGUUUCAAACAUAAUAAAGAUGGCCACAUCAGAUUUUUAGUCGAUGUUCUGGUUAACAAUGUAUAGUUAAUUUAGUGUCCUGGGGUCGAUGGGAUGGAAAGUGAACUUAUUUUCAAAAGUAUGGCCACACGUGUUCAUUUAUGCAAAAACACAUUAAUCCAUGUCUUUUGUACAUAAUAUGACCUUUAUGUAUGUAUUCAAUUAAUAAACAUGUUUCUAUUA